GUGGGGGGGAAAUUUGUGACAAAUGGUGAAGGUGAAGUGAGAUAUAAUGGAGGUGGCGUGAGGUUAAGAAGCAUUAAGGAUGGGCUGACACUUGAUGAAUUGAGGCUAAUGAUAUCUGAGUGGAUUGGUGGCGAUGGAAGAAAUUAUGACAUUAAGUACACAGUGGCCUUUGAUGAGAAGACAUUGAUUGACCUUCAUGACAAUGCUGAAAUGUAUAACCUCUUUCAAUACAAUGGGAACAGCGGUCAUGUGUAUGUCGCCGAAAAAAGACAAGUGGGUCCCCAACCAAGGGACAAUGUAGAAAUAACAGAGAGAUUCAUGGGCAUGUCACAGCAAACUGAACUGGAUGCGUCUCCCAUUAGUUUGUGUUGUGAUUAUGGCUGGCUCAGUGAAGAAAAUGCUCGUGAAUGUGACAAUGAUGAAAUAAGUGGGCCCCCUAAUGUGGAUAAAUCUAUCGGAGCUGAAGAUACGGAUGGUAGUGAGAUGGUUCAUGCGGAAUGGAGGGGACUUUUAACAGGAGUGGGCCAACGUUUUCCUAGUGCAGAUGUAUUUCGGGUGUCUGUAUACAAGUUUGCACUUGCAAACAAGUUUGUGGCCAAGUAUAUGAGGAAUAGCAAGGAAUUCAUGUCGAUAAGGUGUAAAGUUGAGGGUUGUCCAUGGAAGCUAUGUGCAAAUCAUGUGGGGAAGAGUUGUGAUGUGCUACGAGUGACGACAUUUAUAAACCGGCAUGUUCAUUCUGCCCAAGAUAGCUUGGACGUGAUGCAUAGUGGAAGAGCUAGUUUGAACUCAUCAAUAAUAAUUGAUGAGAUGAGGGAUCAUGCAGACAAGCGCACUUCUGAGAUAAGGAAGAGGUUGAAACGAGAGUAUGGGAUUGAUCUAACAUAUAAACAGGCUUAUAGAGCAAGAGAGAAGUCACUGGAAGACAUAUAUGGCAGGCCCGAACAAUCAUACAUGCUCAUACCAUGGCUAUGCGAAAGGAUAAAGGAAACAGAUGAAAAAUCAGUGGCUGAAUGGACUGCUAUUGGGAACCGGUUUGAGCGUGUUUUCAUUGCUUACGGGGCAUGCAUUGAGGGUUUCCUGGGUGGCGCGAGGCAUAUUAUGUAUGUUGAUGGAACUCACUUAAGCGGACCAUACAAGGGGACAAUGUUGUCAGCUUCAGCUUAUGAUGCAGAUAACGAGCUGCUGCCAUUUGCAAUUGCAAUUGUGAAGGGAGAAACACUAGAUGACUGGACGUGGUUUUUCUAUAUGAUAAAAAAAAUCCUGGGUUCUGUGGAAGUAACGAUUGUAUCAGAUCGACACAAUGCUAUCAUCGGAGGAGUGGCAUCAAUCUUUGGGGGUCAAAGGCAUGCCUUUUGUUAUAGACACAUCAAGGAGAAUUUUAGUUCAGAAGUUAUGAAAUGA